GUCAACGCCGACGAUGUCAUUGAACAGUCGAAAGACCAUCCACACAGGAAACAUUACACAGAUAGUUCUCGAAAAACUUAUCAUCAGUCGUGGAGUCGCGACGAAGAUGCUGCUGAGGUGCCGAAAUAUACACUGCCUACUAAUGGUAUUCCGUCGAGGUCUGCGUAUCAGCUCAUACACGACGAAAUGACCCUAGAUGGAAAUCCUACACUAAACUUGGCUUCUUUUGUGCACACAUGGAUGCCUCCGGAGGCAGAAAAGCUCAUAAUGGAGAACAUCAACAAGAAUGCCGUGGACCUAGACGAGUACCCUGCUACUCAGGUCAUUCACAGCCGGUGUAUUUCAAUGAUUGCUGACCUCUGGAAAGCACCGAAAGAUAGUAAAGUUAUCGGUACAGCUACUGCGGGGUCUUCUGAAGCCAUCAUGUUGGGUGGUCUUGCUAUGAAAAAGCGCUGGCAAGAGCUGCGCAAGGACGCAGGAAAAGAUUGUUCCCACCCCAACAUUGUCUUCGGAGCCAAUGCCCAAGUUGCUUUGGAAAAAUUUGCCAGGUAUUGGGAUGUAGAAACGCGCUUAGUACCUGUCAAGGCAGAGAGUGAUUUCAUCAUGGAUCCCAAGGAAGCUAUCAAAUAUGUCGACGAGAACACUAUCGGUGUAAUGAUUAUUCUAGGAAGUACCUAUACUGGGCACUUUGAGAACGUGCAAGAGAUGAGCGACUUGUUGGAUAAUUUACAGGCCAAAACUGGAUUAGAUGUUCCGAUCCAUGUUGACGGUGCAUCGGGGGGAUUCUUCGCACCGUUUGCCUAUCCGGACUACAAAUGGAGUUUCGAUAUUCCUCGAGUUCAUUCGAUCAAUACCUCUGGUCACAAAUUUGGCCUGGUUUACGCUGGCUUGGGGUGGAUUCUUUGGAGGGACGAGAGUUUCCUACAUAAAGACCUCAUUUUUGAGCUUCAUUACCUUGGAAGUACCGAGUACUCGUUCACUCUCAACUUUUCGAAGCCUGCUGCACCAAUUCUCUGCCAGAUGUUCAAUUUCCUCAACCUCGGUUUCGAAGGUUACAAGAGGAUCGCGAUAAAGGACUUGCGAAAUGCGAGAUUACUGAGUAGAGCCUUGGAUAGUACAUAUUUCACGGUUUUGAGCAAUAUCCAUAAGCCUGCUAAUCGUUCAGCAAGUAAACCUACGAAAGGUAUUGAUGAAGACGACCCAAACUUUUAUCAGAUAGGGUUGCCGGUGGUUACAUUCAGGCAAGUUUUUACCCUAAUCUUGCUAUCUGACGAAUUUAAAGCGACUUACCCUCACGUCAAGCAAGAAUGGAUUCCGAUGAUGCUCAAAGCUAAGGGCUGGAUUAUUCCAAACUACAAUGCACCCCUGGGAGAGGAAAAUGUUGAGCUUUUGCGAGUUGUCGUCCGGGAGACAUUGAGCGAGGAUUUAGUAGAGCGCCUCAUUGUUGAUAUCCUUGAGACUACCGAGUCCCUG